ACUAUUGCAUCUGUGUGGGAGUUGUCAAGAUAAAUUGAAAGGACAAAUAUCUUCUGGAAUAGCUUCGUUCCCACACUGCUCGACACAAGUGCUCGUGCAACUUUUCAACCCACAUUACCAAAAGAAAUAUAGGUUUUGACUUCGCUGUAAGCGGGCUUUGAGCUUCAAAUACCAAAAUGCCUAAAUCUAUUAAUGUUAAAGUAACCACGAUAGAGGCAGAACUAGAAUUCAUCGUCCCAUCCAAAAUAACUGGUAGUGAACUCUUUGAUCAGGUUGUCAAGACUCUUGGUCUUCGUGAAACCUGGUAUUUUGGGCUCCAGUAUGUUGAUAACAAGGGUCUGGUUGCAUGGCUUAAGAUGCACAAGAAGAUAACAUCCCAAGAUCUGAAGAAAGAGGACCCCCUUCUUUUCCAAUUUGCUGUUAAAUUCUUCCCAGAAGAUAUCACAGAGGAGCUUAUUCAGGAAGUUACUCAGAGGAUGUUCUAUUUUCAAGUUAGAAAAUCCAUUUUGAAUGAGUCAAUUUAUUGUCCUGCUGAUACUGCCACAUUAUUAGCAUCAUAUGCUUGCCAAGUAAAGCAUGGAGACCAUGAAGAAGCAAAAGAAAAGGAGCUAAUGCAAGACAAGCUUCUUCCACAGGGGGUUUUGGAUAAGCACAAGUUAUCAACAGAAGAAUGGGUCAACAAGAUUGCCCUAUGUUGGAAAGAGCAUGAAGAUAUGCCAAAAGAUGAAGCGAUGAUGGAAUAUCUGAAAAUCUGCCAGGAUCUUGAAAUGUAUGGUGUGAAUUAUUUUGAGAUCAAGAAUAGAAAGGGUACAAAGCUGCUGAUGGGGGUGGAUGCUUUGGGCAUUAAUGUAUAUGAGCCAGGAGACAAGCUGACACCAAGGRUUGGAUUCCCAUGGAAAGAAAUCAGAAACAUCUCGUUCAAUGACAAGAAAUUUAUCAUCCAGCCAAUCGACAAGAAAGCACCAGAUUUUGUCUUUUUCACCGCCCAUCUGAGAACAAACAAACAAAUCUUGGCAUUAUCAAUGGGCAACCAUGACCUGUACAUACGACGCAGAAAGCCUGACUCUAUUGAAGUCAAACAAAUGAAGCAACAGAGUGAAGAGGAGAAAAAGAUCCGUAGUGCUAACACUGCCCAAAAGAAGGAAGAGAAAAGAAAAUUCCGAGAAAAUGAAGAAACCCUAAGAAAUCAAGAAGCAAAGCUUUUGGAAAUGGAGAAAAAAAUAGAAAGCUUCAAUGAGGAGAUGAGAAGAAGGGAAGAAGAGUAUGAAAGAAAGAGAAUCCAGCAGGAGGAAGAACUGAAAGCAAUUAAUUCUCAGUCUGAAAGACUAAUAGAAGAGAACAACAAAACAAUCAUUACGCUUCAAGAGAUAGAGAAAGAGAGGGAACAGUUGUCAUCUAUGACCACAGAUGAAAGAGAGAGAAUCGGCCGUGCCAAUACCAAAAGGAUAGAAGUAUUGCAGGAACAGUUGGAGGAAAAUAAAAGAGAGCGUGACGAGAUAGAAGAGAGGCGCCGAGCCCUGCACAAUGAAGUAGAGAGACAAUACAGCAUAGAAAUGGAAAAGAGUGCACACUUAGAGGAUCGUUCUGAAGAGUAUCGUCAAACUCAGCCUCAAAUGAACCAGAAUCUUCAAGAGAAGCUCGCACACUUGAGGGCAGAUCUUGAUCUGCACAAGGAUGAACAGAAAGCAUCACAAAUGGACAUCCUUCAUGCAGAGAACCUGAUACAAGGAAAGGACAAGUACAAGACCCUGAAAAAAAUCAGGCAAGGCAACACCAAGAGUAGAGUUGAUCAAUUUGAAUGCUUGUAAAUCUUCUUCAUAGGUAUGCAUUCAUUAGCCACCAUUCAUUACAGUUGCUAAAGCAAUUUUCAUAUGACUAUAAAAACCUAGCUGCACAAAUGCUGUCAUGAUAUGGCAAGGCAUUUGCCAGCUAGACCAAUCACAUUGCACUAGAAAUUACUCUCCAUCCAAUCAAAUACCUGAAACAUGGCAUGAACACAGCACAGACACGGUCUCACCAAGGUUAAAUGACAUUCGGACCAAUCACGUUUCAGGAGAAACAUAUCAGCCAAUCAAAACAUUAGAAAACAUCACUGUGCAGGCAAAUAAGGCUCAGGCAUAUGAAACCACAUUUUUCACACAUCAUGUGAAAACUGCUCUAUAAUUUGUGACCCACUUUUUUUGGUUUAACUCUACCAUUUCUUUAUCCUUCAAUCUAAUCUUUUUUCUUUGACUAUAAGAUUGAUUCCCCUAUGUGAAGUCAAUCAUAUUCUUUACGCUCGGUAGAAUGAAAUUGAUUAUUACAAUCAUUUUAAACAUAGUACGUCUAACCUGCUUUGAUCACAUCCUCUUUUCUAAUGUACCCUCAUCUGAUCUUUUGCAAACAAAAAAAAAAAU